AUGAAACUGAGUGUGGGGAUAUUUUUUGGAGGUUUCUUUGCAGCUCUGGGGGUUUUACUCUUUCUGGUGGCAUUUGGAACUGAUUAUUGGCUUCUUGCUACAGAAACAGGAAACUGUUUGAAAGCACCUGAAGACACUGGGGGAGAGAAGGCCACUUUCCAUCAUGAAGGUUUCUUCUGGAGAUGCUGGUUUAGUGGAAAUGUAGGAGAAAAUAAUGCCAGCAUGUGGAAUUUCUGGUAUACUAACCAGUCACCUUCUAAGAACUGUACACAUGCCUACCUGUCACCAUUUCCUCUUAUCCGAGAUGAGCACAACUCAACCUCCUAUGACUCUGCAAUCAUUUAUCGUGGUUUCUGGACAGUUCUUAUGCUCCUGGGAGUGCUCACUAUUGUGAUGGCUAGUUUCUUCAUCAUCUGUGCCGCUCCUUUUGCCAGCCACGUUCUGUACAAAGCAGGAGGAGGCUUUUUUAUCAUUGCUGGUGUCUUGUUUUCUCUGGUAGUCGUGAUGUAUGUCAUCUGGGUCCAGGCGAUGGCUGAUCUGGAAAACUACACAAACAUGAAACAAAUGGAUUGCCCAGACUUUGCAGUUUACGUACAUUACGGCUGGUCUUUUAUGCUGGCUCCUAUAGGAGCGUUUUUUGCUUUGUUAGCAGGAAUGCUGUUCUUGUUGGUAGGACGUGCCAUUUAUUUACACUCAGACUAG